AUGCUUGUACCUCAAGGUAUGGCUUAUGCCAUGGUUGCUGGGUUGCCUCCAGUGACAGGCUUAUAUGCCAGUAUUUUACCCAUGAUCAUCUAUGCCAUUGUUGGUGGCAGCCCAACACUUUCUAUUGGUCCUGUUGCGCUGAUUUCCAUGAUGACCUUUGCUACGCUUGAACCGCUCUAUGAGGUGGGUUCACCUGUAUAUAUUCAAGCAGCAUGUUUAUUGGCACUUCUCGUUGGCAUACUUUCAAGUUUACUAGGAAUUUUUAGAUUCGGCUUUUUAAUCCGUUUAAUCAGUCAUCCUUUAUGCCAAUCUUUUGCACAUUCUCUUCAAUUCUGGGUGAAAGCACUGCCCUUGGUUCUUGUGUUUAUUUCGAUUGGGUUAAUACAUUUCCUGCAUAUAGACCAAUUUGGUAUCAAAACCGUAGGCGAGAUUCCUUCGGGAUUUCCACCAAUUGCCAUGCCUUAUUGGCGUUGGGAUUUGGUGAUCCAGCUUUUACCCGGUGCAGCAAUGAUUACCAUGGUGAGUUUUGUCGAAUCUAUUUCUAUUGCACAGACCACAGCGUUUCAGCAACGUAGUGAGCUUAAUAGUAAUCAAGAGCUGAUUGCACUGGGUUUAGCCAACUUUAGCGCAGGUGUCACGUCAGCAUUUCCUGUGACUGGCAGUUUAUCACGUACAGUGGUUAAUGCAGAUGCAGGCGCAAAAACGCCUAUGGCUGGUGUUUUAUCUUCAAUUUUUAUCGUGAUUGUGAGUUUAUAUUUUACCGGUUUAUUUAAACAACUUCCUUUGGCGAUUCUCGCUGUAACCAUUAUGGUAUCCAUUUGGAAAUUGGUUGAUUUUAAACCCUUCAUCGAAACAUGGCGUUAUUCCAAAGCCGAUGGGAUUGCGAUGUGGGUUACAUUCUUUGGGGUGUUGUGUAUCGAUAUUUCAACAGGUUUGAUUAUUGGUAUUGUUUCUACAUUUUUAUUGCUGUUAUGGCGUAUUAGCCGUCCGCAUAUUGCCGUCAUUGGCUUAGUUGAAGGCACUCAACAUUUUCGUAAUAUUUCAAGACAUGAUGUUUUGACCAGUACCAAUAUUGUGUCUAUUCGUAUUGAUGAAAAUCUAAAAGUCAGCAAACAUCCAGAGCUACAUCAUGUAGUGAUCAAUUGCUCAAGUAUUAGUAAUAUUGAUGCAAGUGCUUUAGAAACUUUGGAAGAAAUCAACAGCGAUUUAAAUAAAUUAAAAAUUCAAAUGCAUCUCACGGAAGUCAAAGGUCCAGUCAUGGAUCGUUUAAAACAGUCCAAUUUAAUUCGGCAGCUCAGUGGAAAUAUUUAUUUAACGCAUUACCAAGCCAUGCAUCAAUUGGAUGCCCAAACUUUUAAAUACGCGGCUUGUUCAUCGAUUUUAGACCAGUUUAGGCAUAAAGUUGCGUAUCUAUUCCCCAAUUCAGCCCAAUAUUUCAUUAUUUUAGGCGAGCUUUUUAUUAAAGCAUUAAAAUCCAUUGCACCAAUUCUUGUAUUUGUCUUGGUUCUCUCUUCUAUCGCUAACUUUAAAGUCGGCGAAGGUGCGAGUAACUUAAAACCAAUUCUUGGAUUAUAUGCAAUUGGAAUGUUACUGGCUGCGAUUAGUGCCAUUACAAUAAGCACAAUGUUUCCAAGUACUUUGGUUUUUGCACAUGCAAGCGAAGUGACUUUACAGCCACCGGGUAGCGUAGCAGAAGUAUUAAAAAACCUACUCCUCAGCUUUAUUAGCAAUCCAAUAACAGCUUUGCAUGAAGCAAAUUUCAUUGGCAUUUUAGCUUGGGCUGUAGGCUUAGGUGCAGCACUUCGUCACGGUUCAGAAACCACUCAACAAGUGAUUACAGAUGUUGCGGAUGCAAUUAAUGCCAUCAUUCGUGUAGUGAUUGCAUUUGCUCCUGUAGGAAUCUUUGGCUUAGUUGUUGCUACAUUUGCACAAGCAGGUUUAGAAACCUUAAAAAACUACGCCCAGUUAAUUGCUGUACUUAUUGGUACUAUGCUUUUUGUAGCCCUCGUCAUCAAUCCAUUGAUUGUUGGUUUUGUGAUGCGUAAAAACCCAUAUCCUUUGGUUUUAAAAUGCUUAAGAGAAAGUGGAAUCACUGCAUUCUUUACCCGUAGUUCUGCAGCAAAUAUUCCGGUAAACCUUGACUUGGCAAAACGCUUAGGGGUAAAUGAUACCACUGCUAACGUUGCGAUCCCAUUAGGUGCAACAAUUAACAUGGCAGGUGCAGCGGUAACAAUUACCGUGCUUACCCUUGCUGCUGUGCAUACACUUGGUAUUCAAGUUGAUAUCGUCACUAUGGUGAUCUUAUCUGUGGUUUCUGUGGUAACAGCUUGUGGUGCGUCUGGUGUUGCUGGUGGUUCUCUGUUGUUAAUUCCUGUGGCUUGUGGUUUAUUUGGUAUUCCUUCAGAAAUCUCAAUGCAAGUGAUUGCAAUUGGUAUGGUGAUUAGUGUGCUUCAAGACUCAACAGAAACAGCAUUGAAUUCCUCGACUGAUGUCUUAUUUACAGCAGCAGUUGAUCUUUCUAAAAAGUAA